GCCGCUGGCGCUGCCCGUCAGUGCGGGGGCGGGACCUGCUCGCCGGUCACGUGAGUGACGAGGCUGCUCAGCGCCGGGAACCACAGGGUUUCGAAGCCAUUGCUGUGGACGGAGAGUUGUGGACGUGAGUGGCCAUUGAGGGUGUCCAGGGUGCCGGUGAACCCCCCCAUCUGAUCGUUGUGUGGGCUGAGCUACGAUGGAGGACCACAUGACGGGCCAUAACAAGGAGAAGCGUUAUGUGUGCGACGUGUGUGGCAAGGCCUGGCAGUACCCGAGUCUGCUGGAGACCCACCGGCGGGAGCACACAGGAGAACGGCCCUAUAACUGCUCAAAGUGUGGCAAGAACUUUGCCCGCAAUGGCCACCUGCGGCGGCACAUGCGCGUGCACUCCGGCGAGAAGCCCUUCACCUGCUCCAACUGCAGCAUGAGCUUCAAGACAACGCAAGAGCUGACGAAUCACCGGCAAGUUCACACGGGCGAGAAGCCUUAUGGCUGCUCCGUCUGCGGCAAGAGCUUUGCCCGGUUGUCGGGGCUGCAAGAGCACCGGUGGUUUCAUAGUGGUGAGCGGCCCUUCACCUGCUCCGACUGCGGCAAGGGCUUCACCCGCUCCAACAGCCUGCUGGAGCACCAGCGCACCCACACCGGCAAGCACCCCUUCACUUGUGCCCAGUGCGGCAAGCGCUUCUCCCGCUCCGCAAAGCUGCUGUUCCACCAGCAGGUGCACGAUGGCGACCGUCCCUUCCCCAGGCCAUUCGACUGCUCCGACUGCGGCAAGAACUUCAUGAGGGCGUCUGACCUGAAGGCCCACCAGCAGGUGCACACGGGCAAGAAGCCCUAUGACUGCUCCACCUGUGGCAAGAGCUUUGCCCGGUUGUCGGGUUUGCGGGUGCACCGACGGGUGCACACGGGCGAGAAGCCCUUUGGCUGCUCCACCUGUGGCAAGAGCUUUCCCCAGUUGUCAGGGCUGCAGGUGCACCAGCGGAUGCACAGCGGUGAACAGCCCUUCACCUGCUCUGACUGCGGGAAAGGCUUCAAGUCGUCCACGCACCUGAAGAUGCACAGGCGCCUGCACACUGGGGAGCGGCCUUAUACCUGCAGUGACUGCGGCAAGGGCUUCACCAGCUCCACCAAGCUGCUGUCCCACCAGCGGGUGCACGCCAGCGACCAUCCCGUCCCCAGCCCGUUGUGUGGAGAGCGCUUUGCCAUGGCCUCACACACCCUGUCUCACCAGCGCAUGCACACCAUUGGCCAGCCCUACGACUGCCCGUACUGCGGUGAGGCAUUUGACAGCUCGCGGGGGUUGCGGCAGCAUCGGCGGGCCCAUGCCGGCGAGCAGCGGCUCGCACUGUGGCAAGGGUUUCAAGAGGGCACGGAAGCUGGGGGAGCACCAGCGGAUCCACACCAGAGAGAGGCCCGUUGUGUGCGCUGAGUGUGGCAAGGGUUUCACCAAUGUACCCACAGCACCAAAUUUCCCACAACGGUGAGCGUCCCUUCCCCUGCCCAUCCUGUGGUAAGAGGUUCACCCGCCUUGACCACCUGCUGGAGAGUCCACACCAGCCAGCGCCCCUUCACCUGCCCAUCCCGCUCUGUGGCAAGGCAUUUGCCCGCUCCAGCCUGCUGGCACACUGCGACGUGGAUAGCUGCUGUUCAGGUAGAAACAAAAUGCUGGAAGGAAUGGGUAACGCUUUGGGUCGAGACCCUCUUCAGUGUAGACCUGAAACAUCAUUCAUUCUAUCUCUCCAAAGAUGCUGACUGACCCGCUGAGUUACUCCAGCAUUUUGUGUCCUUUUUGGUAAACCAGCAUCUGCAGUUCCUUGUUUUUAAACCAUUCUAGUUAACCAUCUCUGCACCUUCCCCAAAGCCUCCACAUCAGUGCUGUAAUGGCCAGAACUGUAUGCAAUACUGCAAAUGUUUCCUGACCAAUGUCCCUUAAAGCUGCACAUAUAGAUUCCUCUCUCCUUGUCUCAGAACCUUUUAUCUCCUUAUUUUCUCUUGACCUCUGUCACUUACUCCACUCAUCAGCCGAUCACCCCCCAUCUGUUAACAUCAUGUCAGUCUGAAGAAGGGUCCCGACCUGAAACGUCACCUGUCCAUGUUCUCAACAGAUGCUGCCUGACCCACCGAGUUACUCCAGCACUCUGUGCAACGUAACCUAUCCAUGUUCUUCACAGAUGCUGCCUGACCCACCGAGUUAUUGCAGUAUAACUGAAACAAUACACUGAAGUUUGACCACUGGACAUAAUACAUGCUGAAUUAGUAGAAUAGAGUGAUACAGUAUGGAAAUGGGCCCUUCGGCCCAACUGGUCCACACUGACCAACAUGUCCCAACUGCACAGGUCCCACCUGCCUGCAUUUGGUCCAUAGCCCUCAAAAGUUGUACUAUCCAUGCACCUGUCUAACUGCUUCUUAAACGUUGCUAUAGUCCCAGCUUCAACAACCUCCUCUGGCAGCUCAUUCCAUACACCCACCACCAUUUGUGUGAAAAUGUUACCCCUCAGAUUCCUAUUAAAUCUUUUCCCCUUUACCUUGAACCCAUGUCCUCUGAUCCUCAAUUCCCCCACUCUGGGAUUCUGUGCAUCAAACUAAAUUGUGUCCUAUGCAAGAUCCCAGCAUCUGCAGUUUCUUGUGCCUCCCUCACCUAUAUCCACCUAUCACUUCUGAAGAAGGGUCUCAACCUGAAACAUCACCCAUUCCUUCUUUCCAGAGAUGCUGCUUGUCCCGUUGAGUAACUCCAGCAUUUUGUGUCAACCUAUCACUUGCCAAGCUUUGUCCAGUCCCCAUCUUUCUUUUCCAGCUUCCUUCCCCCCACCCUCUUCAAUCAGUCUGAAGAAGGGCCCACACUCUAAAUGUCGUCUGUCCAUCUCAGGGCUCUCGCUUAACUUUUUUUCCCUAUUGCCAGCCGGGCAACCUCGGCAGCUUUUUAAGUUGCCAAAUGACAGUUUAGGUGGUCAUUUAAGAUGGCUUGCAUGACGUGUGCGAUAAUGUGCUCAGACGAAGUGCGUAGUUACCAGUCGGAAUUAUGGUCAUUGAAGCAUUCACAUAUUAUUUCUGCUUCAAAUAAAGUCGCAAACUAAACAUAUUCACCGAUCAAGACAUGAUGUAUACCACAAUGACAUGCAGCAAAAUUACAAUACAGUAUCUCAUCUCUUUUUACACGUUGCAAUGAAUGCAAUUUCUAUUAUCUCUUUCCACUUUCAAACAAAAAUAUGGUCAUUCAGCGUAUGAUCAACCUCGGUGAGACCAAGCGAAGGCUUGGCGAUCGCUUCGCACAACACCCCCACUCAGUUUGCAAUAACCAACCUGAUCUCCCGGUGGCUCAGCACUUCAACUCCCCCUCCCAUUCCGAAUCCGACCUUUCUGUCCUGGGCCUCCUCCAUGGCCAGAGUGAGGCACCCAGCAAAUUGGAGGAACAGCACCUCAUAUUUCGCUUGGGUAGUUUACACCUCAGCGCUAUGAACAUUGGCUUCUCCAAUCUCAGGUAGUCCUUGCUUUCUCCCUCCUUCCCCUCCCACUCCCAGCUCUCCCACAGCCUCCUGUCUCCACCUCUUCCUUUCUUUUUCCCGCCCCCCACCCCUCCCAACAUCAGUCUGAAGAAGGGUCUCGACCCAAAACUUCGCCUAUUGGGCAGUUUACACCCCAGCAGUAUGAACAUUGACCUUCAAUUUCAGGUAGUCCCUACUUUCUCCUCCGCUUCCCAGCUCUCCCUCAGCCCACUGUCUCCGCCUCUUCCUUUCUUCUUCCCGCCCCCCCCCCCC